CUAUAUACCACCGCUCCACCGCCUCAUCAUUUCCACUCCAACUUUUAUUACAACUACAAAGAAAGCAAAACGAACGCACCGAGACGUUUCGAAUCCAUGCCGCCCGAAACGCCCCCGAAUUUCUGGGGCCACAUCCCCGAGGAGGAGUACUACACCUCCCAAGGCGUGCGCAACACCAAGUCCUACUUCGACACCCCCAACGGCAAGCUCUUCACGCAGAGCUUCCUGCCGUUGGAUUUCGACAAACCCAAGGCCUCCGUCUUCAUGACCCACGGCUACGGCUCCGACACCGGCUGGCUCUUCCAGAAGAUCUGCAUCAGCUUCGCCUCCUGGGGCUACGCCGUCUUCGCCGCCGAUCUCCCCGGACACGGCCGAUCCGACGGCCUCCGUUGCUACCUCGGCGACAUGGAGAAGAUCGCCGCCACGUCCUUGUCCUUCUUCCUGCACGUCCGCCGCAGCGAAUCCUACAGAGACCUCCCGGCAUUCCUCUUCGGUGAAUCCAUGGGAGGGGCCACCACUAUGCUCAUGUACUUCCAGUCGGAGCCCAACACGUGGACGGGGCUAAUCUUCUCGGCCCCGCUCUUCGUCAUGCCGGAGAACAUGAAGCCCAGUAAGGCCUGGUUGUUCAUGUACGGUAUGCUGUUCGGGAUCGCCGACACGUGGGCGGCGAUGCCGGACAACAAGAUGGUCGGGAAAGCGAUCAAGGACCCGGAGAAGCUAAAGAUAAUAGCGUCUAAUCCGAGGAGGUACACUGGAAAGCCUAGGGUAGGGACCAUGAGGGAGCUUGCUAGGGUUUGCCAGUACAUACAGGAUAAUUUCGGGAAGGUGACGGCUCCAUUUUUGACGGUGCACGGGACUUCAGACGGAGUGACGUGUCCGACAUCGUCGAAGCUGCUGUACGAGAAGGCGAGCAGCGAGGAUAAGAGCUUGAAGCUUUACGAGGGGAUGUACCACUCGUUGAUACAAGGGGAGCCCGACGACAACGCUAAUCUUGUGUUGAGGGAUAUGAGGGACUGGAUUGAUUCCAGGGUUGAGAGGUAUGGCUCCGGCCAGAGAGAUGCUUGAAUAAAAUGCCACUCGCCGGAACCUUGUUAAGAAGUCAAAGGUUUGAUCAUAAACGAAUAAGAAAUAUUACUUUUUUUAUUAUUAUUAUUUUA